AUUUUGAAAUUUGUUACAGAAAAAUGGCGAGUGGAACUUCAGAUGUAGGUCUGAUAGGCUUAGCAGUUAUGGGACAAAACUUGGUUCUAAAUAUGAAUGAUCAUGGGUUCAAAGUUGCCGUUUUUAACAGAACAGUUUCUAAAGUGGACGACUUUCUGAACGGUGAAGCCAAAAAUACCAAUAUAGUAGGUGCACACUCGUUGCAAGAGUUUUGUGCCCUUUUAAAGAAACCAAGAAUAAUCAUUCUUCUGGUGAAAGCUGGAGAAGCAGUUGAUCAGUUCAUCUCUAUGCUGCUACCUUACUUGUCUCCUGGGGAUCUUAUAGUUGACGGGGGAAACUCACACUUUCUGGACACAAGGAGAAGAACUAAAGAAGUUGAGGCCAAAGGAUUGCUUUUUAUUGGAACAGGAGUUUCUGGAGGUGAAGAAGGUGCAAGACAUGGACCUUCCAUUAUGCCUGGUGGCUCGUCCGAAGCCUGGAAGUUAGUGAAACCCAUUUUUCAGGCUAUUAGUGCUAAGGCCAACGGAGAGCCUUGUUGUGAAUGGGUAGGUGAAGAUGGCGCUGGCCAUUAUGUGAAAAUGGUCCACAAUGGAAUAGAAUACGGAGACAUGGAACUUAUCUGUGAAGCAUACAAUCUGUUGCACCGGGGCUUGAAGCUUAGCAACGAAGAGAUUGCAGAUGUAUUCACGCAGUGGAAUAGCGGAGUUUUAAACUCUUAUCUGAUUGAGAUAACCGCAAAUAUUUUAAAGUUUAAGGAUACUGAUGGCUCCGAUUUAGUGGAGAAGAUUUUGGACACAGCUGAGCAGAAAGGAACUGGUAAAUGGACUGCCAUGUCUUCGUUGGACCUCAAUGUUCCGGUAACGUUGAUUGCAGAAGCUGUAUUUUCGCGAAUUCUGUCAUCUAUGAAGGAAGAACGUCUAAUUGCAUCAAAGACGUUUGGUUCGUAUUCGUCCAAUGUGACCAUUCAUGAUAAGAAUGCGUUCAUUCAGGAUGUUCAUGACGCCUUGUAUGCUUCCAAGAUUGUUAGUUAUGCGCAAGGAUAUAUGUUAUUACGAGAGGCAGCCAGUCACUAUGGUUGGAAUCUGAAUUAUGGAGGUAUUGCUUUAAUGUGGCGCGGUGGAUGUAUUAUUCGUUCAGUGUUUUUGGGACAAAUUCGUGAUGCUUUUCUUCAAAGUCCCAAAUUGUCUAAUCUGUUGCUGAACGACUUUUUCAAAGCUGCACUAUUGAAGGGAGAAAGAGGUUGGAGAAAUGUAGUUGCUCAAGCAGCUUAUAUGGGCAUUCCUUGUCCCGCCUUUAGUUCCAGUCUUGCCUUUUUUGAUGGCUAUCGUUCAGAACGCCUCCCAGCAAAUCUUUUACAAGCACAGAGAGACUAUUUUGGUGCUCAUACGUAUGAAAGAGUGGAUCAGCCACGCGGCAAGUAUUUCCAUACAGAUUGGACUGGUAGUGGUGGUCGUGUUACUUCUAAUGCUUACAAACUAUAGUUUCUCUUGCAGUUUUCUGAUUGCAAUAAAUACCUUUGUAAGGAUUGUCCGUUUCAACUCAGUUUGUUAA